GGGUCCAAGAAAUGCUCCACCUCCUCCCCUCCUCCUCCUCCUCCUUCCCUCUCAAUCCCCAGUUCCUCCUCCUCCGGAGACCGCCCGCCAAUCUGCGCGUGCUCCUCCUCGGCCCCUUCCACGCCAUGAGCGCGGCCUCGAGCUCGUCGCGGCGGGCCGCGACGGCGGCGGCGGUGCCUUCGCUCUCCGCCGACGAGACCCGCGCGGCGGUCGGCGAGGCCUUCCGGAGGUACACCUCGCCGAGCCUGCGGCGGGGCGGCGGCGGCAGCGGGGUCGCCAUCGUGUGGCUCAGGAACGACCUCCGGGUGCUCGACAACGAGGCGCUGCUGCGCGCCUGGGCCGCCUCCGAGGCCCUCCUCCCCGUGUACUGCGUCGAUCCCCGGACGUUUCGGGGGAGCACCCAUUGCUUCGGCUUCCCCAAGACUGGAGCACUGAGGGCGCAAUUCCUGAUCGAGUGUUUGGGAGAUUUGAAGCGCAACCUGAUGAAACAAGGUCUCGACUUGCUCAUCCGGCAUGGCAAACCUGAAGACAUCCUCCCUUCAGUUGCAAAGGCUGUCAGUGCACAUACAGUUUAUGCUCAUAAGGAAUCAUGCAGCGAGGAACUCCUCGUCGAACGACUUGUGCGCAAAGGCUUGGAACAAGUUGUGAUUCCUCAGGGGGGAGCAUCUAACCAGAAGAAACCCCAAAACCCCAAGCUGCAGCUCAUAUGGGGAGCAACACUGUAUCAUAUCGAUGAUCUCCCAUUCUCUGUGACCAGUUUGCCAGACAUAUAUACACAAUUCAGAAAGGCUGUUGAAUCGAAGUCCUCGGUUCGGAACUGUAACAAGUUGCCGCCGUCGCUUGGGCCGCCUCCUAGUUCUGGCCUGGAUGAGAUUGGAGGGUGGGGAACAGUACCAACAUUGGAGUCACUAGGCUUAAGCAUGACAAAGUCAGAGAAGGGAAUGCAUUUCAUCGGAGGAGAGAGUGCAGCUCUGGGAAGAGUUCAUGAGUACUUCUGGAAGAAAGACCAGCUGAAAGUCUACAAAGAGACCAGGAAUGGCAUGCUAGGUCCAGACUACUCCACCAAGUUCUCCCCUUGGCUUGCUUCUGGCAGUCUUUCGCCACGUUAUAUUUGUGAAGAGGUAAAGAGAUAUGAGAAGCAGAGAGUAGCAAAUGAUUCUACAUAUUGGGUUUUGUUUGAGUUGAUAUGGAGAGAUUAUUUCCGAUUCAUAUCAGCAAAAUAUGGGAACUCCAUUUUUCAGCUAGGUGGUCCAAGGAAUAUAGUGUCCAAAUGGAGCCAGGAUCAGGCAUUGUUUGAAUCUUGGAGAGAGGGUCGAACUGGGUACCCUCUUAUUGAUGCCAACAUGAAGGAGCUUUUAGCAACUGGUUUCAUGUCCAACCGUGGCCGUCAGAUUGUCUGCUCAUUUCUGGUCCGGGAUAUGGGUAUUGAUUGGCGAAUGGGAGCUGAAUGGUUCGAAACAUGCCUAUUGGAUUAUGAUCCAGCUUCAAAUUAUGGUAACUGGACAUAUGGAGCAGGAAUUGGCAAUGAUCCAAGAGAAGACCGAUACUUCAGCAUACCUAAGCAAGCUAAAACAUAUGAUCCUGAUGGAGAGUAUGUUGCCUACUGGUUACCCGAGCUCCGGUCUCUUGCUAAAGAACGAAGGAACUUCCCAGGAGCCUUGUACAUCAACCAGGUUGUCCCACUGAAGUUUGAUGCUGGACAUCAGAGAAGAGAUCAGUUCAAUAGGCAGAGAAGGCCAGGCAACAUGUAUAGAAGACAAAAAUAAUACGAUACAUAUUCAAUUAUACAUUUACAGUUUACACCAUUGAUCAAUACGAAAUGAUGCAGAUUUACAACAGAUAGCUAGAGAGCAAACGGCAGUGAGCCUUUGUAUGGUCUUAUGCAAAAUUUCAGCUGUGCAAGUGUUUGUAAAAUGACGCUGCAUGAUUUGUGAGCUCAUAAAGUCAGAAAUACUCGACAAAAUUUAUGACAAGCGUGAGAAAUGUAGAUAAAUCAAAUGGAACCCUAGAACAUUGCAGAGAGAUCAGAUCUCUCUCCUCAAUGACAGCAUAUUACCUCUCAUUUUCU